GGAGAGAUAAUGAAUUGGUCCUAGUCACCCACAAAGAAAUCUUCAGAAAUUUCAUAUUUAUCCAAUAAAGCGAUUAAACCACACCACCACCAUAAAAGAUCCACCACCACCGACGGCCAAAACCAGACGGAAAUGGCGAUUUCCUACGCCGCCCCAACUCUCACCAUGCCAUACACGCCGUCCAUUUCAAAACCCACUUCAUUAUCUGCAAAAACCUUAUCCUUUUCUUCCUCCAGUUCCUCCUUCUUCACCAACACCCUCAAACCCUCGACCAUCGCCUAUGGAAACAGAUCCAGUCUGCUUAACACCAAGAAAAGGGGCUUAUCUUGUAACUGCUUGUUUGGACUUGGUAUGCCGGAGCUAGUGGUUAUUGCUGGCGUCGCCGCUCUCGUUUUCGGUCCCAAAAAGCUGCCGGAGGUUGGCCGUAGCAUUGGGAAAACCGUCAAGAGCUUCCAGCAGGCGGCAAAAGAAUUUGAAACAGAGUUAAAAAAGGAACCCGAGUCACUAGGGGAGUCUACAGUUGCAACUGAGCAGGAACCCGAAGACUUGAAAGUGCCAACGACAAAGGAGAGCUUGUAGAUUGAUGUGUUCAUGUAACGCUAGCGUCGUUGUAACAUGUACUAGGACAUGUUUCAUAGUUUUAAAUCGGCUUGAUUCCAUUCAGAGGAUUUGAUUCAUGGUGUAUGCAUAUGCAUGUUUGAGAAGUCGUUUUUUCAUUUAUACUGGAUGAAAUUUCCGAGGUUAGAAAAGAA